AUGCCUCUUUUCUCACAGUUGGUUCUUAGCCUAUCCGGAUGCCUAGUGCUUCAUCUUGAGGAUAUUGGAUCUGACCACAGACCAAUCCUGCUCACUUCAAAGCCAAACAAUCCUAAAUCAAAGAGGCUCUUUCACUAUGAUGGAAGAUGGUCUUCUCAUCUUAACUUCGAGCAAUUUUUCACAACAUGGAUCAUGGAUCGAAGAAUGAAUCACAAUAUCAUCUCUCUUAUCCCUAAAGUCAAGCAAGUCAGAACCAUGAGUGAUCUAAGGCCUAUUGGACUAUGCAAAGUUUUGUACAAAAUCAUUUCUAAAGUCCUCACUACUCACCUACAACCUUUUAUGGAUUCUCUCAUAGGGAAGGAGCAUAGUGCUUUCACGAAGAAUAGACUGAUUUCUGAUAAUAUUCUUAUUAACCAUGAAGUCAUGCAUUCCCUGAAGUUGAGACGAAAAUACAAGAAUUACGGUAUGAUUAAUGGUUAUAAGUCAGGCUUCGUCCACCCUUCAAGAGGGAUUAGACAGGGGGAUCUUCUCUCUCCUUACCUUUUUCUCUUUUGUGCAGAAGGGCUAUCACAUAUGAUUCAGAAUUCUGGUCUGCAGGGUCUUAAACUUUCCAGAUCUAAGCCUACUCUUACUCAUUUGCUUUUCGUAGAUGACUCAGUCAUCUAUGCGAAAGCUACUUCUAGAGAAGUUGAGAAAAUUAAAGACAUCUUGCAUUCCUAUGCUUCAAAGAGUGGACAAACAAUUAAUUUGGCUAAGUCCAGCCUCUGCUUUAGCCCAAAUACUCCUUCAGAUGUUAUACGAAGCAUUUCCUCUAUUUUGCACAUCAAUAAGCUGGAUGUUCCCAAUAAAUUCCUUGGUCUCCCUUCAGAUAUUCCUAAAUCAAAAAGACAAAUUUUCUGUCUUUGCAAGGAGAGAAUAGCAAAUAAGACUGCUAGUUGGAAGGAACAACUUCUCUCAAAAGGAGGCAAAGAAGUUCUUUCAAAUUAG